AUGUGCGUUCAAUAUGCGGACGCAAACACAAACGCAAUUAAGCACGGCGUCAAUGAGAGCUUCCAACAGCAGCAGCAGCAGCAGCAGCCGUCAUCUAGGGGAUGGGGGCGACUUCGUCAACCACUCAAUCAUACAGUUGGCAGAACGAGGCAUAGUUCACGCAAAUCACUGCAGGCUGCCGAGCCACUGCCACCUAUUGCUGCCACCUGCUACCUGCUGGCUGCUGGCUGCUGGCUGCUGGCUGCCACUUGCCACUUGCCACUCAAUCGGCAAAUUUUCGGUUCGUUACGGGCCAAGCAUUUAAUGGCUUUUGUUGCGGUUUUUACAGGCUCUACUCGAGGUGCCUUUGUGCACUGGGUCGUGAAAGUGUCCUUUGAGGUCGCCUUUUGUGGCGGCCCGUUUGACUACCUGCCCCGUCACCUAUGAUGAACGCCGACUGCAGUCCGAGCUCAUGACAAUGAGGACAAUGAUGUCUCAAUCGGGUUCCAUUAUUCGGGGCCAACGUGGCGACUCAUGUGUCGGCGCGCUUUGACCCGACACAUUGAGUUGUCUCCGGCGGCAGGUUAAAGGAUUACGCAGCCAUGGACAGACAUUGGCCCGAACAGCUACCAA